CCCGAAUGACACAUCAGAUCGUCGGUGUGUUCGGUGUCUGGAUCCGUAGUUACUCCACUUCGAGUCAAAAACAAGCCUGAAGCUAACCUAACUUGCUGUGGAGUUUAGCUGUUAAGCCAUUAGAUGUCCGAAGAUUAAAACUGGUUUUCGCUAUUAUGAGCGGAGCGGGAUGGUCGCUCUGCAAAACGUGUAUCUUUAACUAUGGCUAUCCCGGCUAGCAGAGCUAACCAGCUAGCUGUCACAAAAUUGGUGGUGUUGUGUCGAAAUCUGUUUCCCCAUCGAGAUAUGUUUCCCCUAACCUAAAUCCUAACCACAGCCACUGGGGGGCGCUACAUGAAAACGAGUUUUGAACAGGGGGAACAUUUUUCGACACAAGACCGAUAUGAUUAUUUUCCAGUGUGUUAACAAAAUGCUGCGUCCUUGUCAUGUCAUUUAACCUUUACUACCUGAUGUCAUAACUACAUUUGUAAGUAAAAAUGAUGACUCUAAAUAAGAAACCUACUGAGGACUUUUUACAGAAACAAGGUCAUGGCUCUGUGGAGGACAUGCUGGAUGUUGAAAACAAACGACUGGCUGAGAACCUGGCCACCAAAGUCUCUAGACUGAAAUCUCUGGCAUACGACAUCGACAGAGAGGCCGAGGAUCAGAAUGAGUAUCUGGACGGCAUGGACUCAAACUUCCUGAGUGCGACAGGUCUACUUACCGGAAGCGUGAAGCGUUUCUCUACCAUGGUCCGAUCCAGCAGAGACAACCGGCGCAUCCUCUGCUACGUGUCCCUAGGCCUGGUUCUGGUCUUCUUCCUGCUCUACUACCUGAUCUCCAGGAUUCAACGCUGAUGGGAAAACCAGUACAGCCAGGAGCUGGUUCUGAUAUGGAGCUGAGACUGCAGACAUUCAUCUCAUAUCUGAUAGAUUUAAAUCAUCUCUGUGGUUUCUUGCACAGGAGAAGACUUUUUAAAUCUGCGCCAAACUGACACAACAAACAGGAAGUAGACAGAAAACAUUUUGCUGAAACAAAUUCUCAAGCAAAUGGUGUCAGAAACACAGUGUUCACGGUCUUACCAAAGAUGAUGGAGUAACAAAAACAUAUAUAUACAUAUGCCUGGACUUUGGGGCUUUCUACUCUGUAUCGCCUUUGACACUUUCUGUUGUAAGCCAGGACAUCCUAAUUGGGCAAACUGAGGGGCAGAGCUCAAAGGCAGCUAAGGGGGUAGUGGCACCCACCACACCUGAAUGUGAUAGGCUGUUGAAGCUGUCAAUCAAGACAAACCUACAUCAUAACAUGUUUCAUGACAGGGUAGCUGUGUCUCAGUUCCAGACUACACAAUAAUUUACAAGCUGUGAGUUGUAGCUACUGUAAUGACAUUGCAAGAGUGACAAAAUUACUAAAAACAUAUAUAUAUAUAUUACAGACUAAAAAGGCAUUUGCUUUUUCAGCAGGCUGCUAGUAUUGUCUCAUAAAGCAAUGCACAAAGGAAAGGAAGGAAACAUCUCAAAGCUGGAGAAAAAAUGUUAUUUGGUGGUGAGAGGUACAGAAAGGCACUGUCAGGGAAAAUGUGCUUUUUCUUUGCUGGUAAUUUAAAUGACACUGUUAUUCAAUGGCCAAAGGUUUUGUUACUGAAUUAAAAAAAGUUUUGUAUUCAAAGAAUGAAAUUGUAUGACAGUUAAUACAUAAUAUACUCUGUUGGCCAAAUUAUAUGUAGUGUGGAACUGGGACAAAGGUGACAGUUCAUCAAUCUGCUAACAAAUGGUGUGUUAGCAGGUUCUUGUUAGCACCUAAUUAAAAUUUAUUGAUCCAUGGCGUUACAGGCAAACGCAACAUAGUGUAAAAUUCUGUGUAAAAAGAAAUGUUGAAAAUGUUCAAAUGGUGUUUUUCAGUUUUCUCUUUAGUUUGAUGAGCAGUCUUAGUUCAGUAUGUGUAUGUGGUUAAGCCAGUUUCUUUCUAAUAAUUCAUAUUAAAUGUUAGGGCCUCCUGUUCAAGGUUUACGGGGACAUUUUGUUUAUAACAUUUCUGUUUUUUCCCAGAGCCUGGGUGAGAUUUAAAUGGAUUUAAAAGUUUCCUUUUUCCAUGCACUGACAUUCCAGCUAGUCAGCAGAUCAUCUGCAGCAAAUGUUUAAUAUUAUUAAUACAUAUGCAAUAAAUCUAUUUAAUUGUGCAUUUGUUGGCAAUAAUGGCUCCUUUUAGCUUGAUUUUCCUGGGCAGUUACUGACAGUGAUCUAUAACUUACAUUUUUAUUGUACAGUUUUCAAUAGAAAAAGCAUAUUUUAAAUGUAAUUAUUAUGACUCGGAGAAAACAUUUUAUUUUGAUAGCCACAUGAGAAGAAGCAUUUUAAUAAAAAUACAAUUAAACCAAUAAAAGCCUCUACAAACAAUAUAUAAUAUGAAUGAUAAAAAUGUCAUUACUUCCAGUUACUGUUGUACACAGGACUGAAACCAAACCAUGUUAAUUUGUUUUAUUUAAAUUUAUGUUAAUUUAACUUCCCAACAAAACUUUAAAUGAUGUUUCAAAUCAGGAAUCAGUUUUUGAUGGGGAUAUAUAGGACAUUUAUUUGUUGUUUGUUUUAUUUUGUGGCCUAAUAAUAUCCUCAAGAUGGAAUAUAUGGAGUCUAAACAUACUGGAAAGACGGACAAUACCCAGGACCUGACUGUGGUCUUCCUGUCCUGUUAUAAAUAAAAUUUUAUAUUUCACAUGUUAAAACUGAA